AUGGCCCUGUUGUUCACCGAUAAACUUGCGCAUGCGAAAGGAAAACUGAGACUGAGAGAUGAAAUUAUUGACUGUGCGAUGUCAGGGACGGGUGAUGGGUUUCCUUGCACCAAAACAGUGAUUGAGAUUCUGGGUUGUGUCAAAAUGUUUUGGGAGCGGUGUAGGGCUGGGAACGAUGAUGAGGAGUGUUAUGUUGAAGAGGGUUGCUCUCAAGACGCUGAUUGCAUUAGCGAAUCAUAUCAGGGUGGA